UAGCAGUUAGGAAUAAAUACUUCAACUUUUGACACAUCUAAAUCUAAAUUUAUAGUUGUGUUGUCUGUUCUCUUUGUACAAGUUUUUCCCUUUUCUAUGGAACAUUGGUUCCAGGCGCGGAGGGGACUCGAAGAACAACAUUUACACGAAAAAUGAGCGACUUACAAACAAGGAGGUCAAUGUAGAGCGGCUGAUUCGCAUGUACCGAGCCAACCAGUGUCUCUGGAAUCCCAAGUCCCCGGGUUACCACUGUGUGCCCCUAAAGCAGAGCGCCUGGAACCGCAUCACGCGGAUUCUCAACAACGGCCUAACGACGGAUCAGGUAAAGCUGCAGGUGCUCUCCCUUCGCAACUACUACGACACGGAAUGCCAGGCCAUCAAGCGUAGCCAGCGGGAGGGAUUAACCUACGUUCCCUGUCGCUCGAUUUUUAAGGACCUCCAAUUCCUGCCCGACCUGGAACCGGAUGAGGCAGAGAAGUUCAACGGCAGAUCUAGCGUCUGCGACGACCAACUGCAGUUUAUUAUUGAUGAUGUCAUGUCAGUCAUGAGCAAGGACUUGGUGGAGUGCAGGCGCAGUUUACACGUCGACCUCCAAGCACCCUUCUGCGAGAAAAUAUCCGAUUCAGAUAUCUCCUCUCCAAAUAAAAGCUCCAAGGAAUUCGUUGACUUCGAUAUCUCGUUCUUGUCUGACUCGGACUUCGAGACGCCGGUAACUUCAUCACCAUUACGUGCCACUUCCGGAGCCGAUCGUCAGUAUGAUGGGCAAGAUGAAAAGGAGUCUAGCAACUCCUCGUCCCACCAGCAGUCGAGGGAACGGUAUCUGGUUAGAGGCGCAUGCCCGUGUCCCCCAGAUUUUGAUCGGGAAGGAGGAUUCCAAAGACAUGCCAGACCUACAGAAAAAUAUAGCCACAAUGGUCCGUACGAGGUCGCACCAGCAACCACUCCUCGCAAUUCACUAGCCGAGCAUCUGCAACCACUCAGACCGAGGAUGGAGGCCAGCAACAGGCAAUGCAGCAGAAACCACCGAGCACCAAAGUAGUAGCGCCCGCAGUAACUACUGCAGUCGACCUUCUGACAAGGAGGAGUGCAAUGUCCUGUUGCUCAAGUUUAAUCCAGAAAAUGACAUGCGGCCACGAACUAAUAACAAAGUCUUUUGUACCUAUCAUCCUGCUGAAAACAGAGAGAUCCAAGAGGACAAUCGAGACUAUAACGACAUCGACGCCAGCGGACAGCAACUACAAUCAGCCGAAACUCCAUUGUUCGAGUAUUACAACUCCAACGAGAACAAAGCUCUUCCGGCGGACUGCAGCUACAGCUAUGACCCCAGUCAUCAAUACACUCAGGGAUACGCGCAGCAGAACACAGAGCAUAACGAGCAGGAUCAAAAUUUUUAUUAUCCGGAAGUAUCAGACCCAUAUGAAUAUAACGAUUGCUACUGUACGCCAGCUCAGCAAGUCGCUCAACUUUAUCAUCAGGGAGAGGAAUCGAUAGCCAACGAAGAGCCAACCUUGCGGCGUCCCCAGCCGUUUGUUGGAUACCAGAGGAAAUACAGCAACACCGGACUUGAUGAUCUUCCAACUGAUGCACAAACGAGAGAGCAGUUCAGUCCCAACCGCUUCAAACGCAUGCCGCAACCCCGCCAGGAAGAUAUUCCUGGGUCCAGCUCAAAAGAUACCACGAACUCCGCUCCGAUUGUGAGGAGUCAGGGAUCCCGUAGCUCUGGGGUAGAUUCUUAUGGGGCACAACAGUGCGCUGCACUUGCUGCACAAAUUAUGGACGAUUAUUGUCUCGGCCAAUGCAGACGCGUGCAGAAAACGUAUCCGGAUGAUGUUGAUGAAUUCUGCGAAGAGCCAGUGGCCAGGCGACCCCAAAGACGUUACCAGCCCGAAGACAUAAUUUAUGUAGAGUGUCCAGCCCGGAGGCAAGGACAACCCAGAAAUGAAGUGGCGAGGCGAAGGGAGAGUUCUCCUUCAAAGGUGUCGAAGGAAAGAGAUGAGUACAAAUAUGCUCCUCAAGAUGAUUUCGUGAAAAGUACGGAACACGACCAAGGGAGGAGGACUUCCAAUCAAUUUGCUCGAGAAUACACUCAGGACAGACAACAAGGCCAGUACGAGUACGAUGCCCAAGAAUCUUUUGAAGAUGCCGAGCAGAGGCCAAAACAGAUUCCCCAGAGAAGAUCGUAUAUUCGAGAGGAAGCCCAAGGUUCCCAACCGCCUUUCCAAAGAUUUGAGAAAAUCCCUUGGAAGGAUGACACAUGCCCACUUUUAAACCGAACAAUGGAAGUGGCUCCAAGACAAGUUCCGAGGAGAUCGUCCGAUAAAGGCCAGACUAAACCUGAAAAGCGCACCCCUUCGUCAGAACGCCAACAGCAACUACGAGGCCAAACAGACUACAGACAAAGACGUGGGAUGGAUGGCACCGACGACCCAUACAUGACCAAUAGAUGCCUGCCAAGCAGCCCAAACGACAGUCAGCCAGAAUCAACACCGACUUUAAACCAAAAGUAUAGAAGUCUUGAAAAUUUAAUCGAUCCAUACGAAGUCGAUGAUUGCCUCUGCGAAGAUUACCCCAAGUAUCCCCAAGAGAUUGCCCCAACAAAAAGAAAAAGCCGGCAGGGUGAUCUAGGGAUUCCGUCUUCAGAGAGAAACAACCGGGAUGACCGGCAUCAAGAGCAAAGGCCAAAACAGUGUUCCCAGCGGAGAUCGUAUCAGCGGGAGGAGACUGCAAAGAAUCUACCACAAGGCCAAAGAUUUCAGGAAAUCCCUUGCAACAAUGAUUUGUGCCCAUUUGUAAACCCAAAUUUUCCAGAGAAUACCUCAUCGAAGAGAAAUAGCCAAGAGAACCAGCCGCCCAAAUCAAAUCCGACUUCAAAGAAAUUGGAUAGCAGCCAAGAAGAGUCAACGGAUCUAAACGAAAUCGAUGAUUAUCUCCGCGAGGAUGAUUCCAUGGUUCCAGAGAAAACUUCAGCAAAGAGAAAUAUCCGCCUGGAAGAUUCAAGCUGUCCAGUGACAGCCUCAACAAAAAGAAACAACCGAGAUGACCGCCAGGAAGAGCCAAGAGUUCCAGAGGUUACCUCACCAAAGAGAAGUAGUCGUCGGGAAGAACCAAGUGUUCCAGAUACUACCUCAUCGAAGAGAAAUAGCCAAGAGAAUCGGCCGCCCAAAUCAAUAACGACAUCAAAGAAAAUGUAUGACAGCCAAGAAAAGUCAACGGAUCUAAACGAAAGCGAUGAUUGCCCGACCAAAGAGAAACAGUCAGAACGACCGUAAGGGAAAAUUUGCACCUACUUCACAGAAAAUGAAUGUCGGAAAUAAAAAGCCAAUGGAACCAAAGGAAGUCGAUGAUUGCCGCUGUGAUGAGAAUGUGGAGAUCGCCGCAUCAAAGAGAAACAGGAAUAAAAACAGUAGAAAGGAUGAUGAGGAUACUAAACCACAGACGGAUAAUACGAAAGGAAGUCGAAACAAUAAUGAAGAACCGAAGAAAUCCACACCCAAAAAGAACAUUACUUUUAAAAAUUAUGUAAACGAACAGAAGUGUGAAUGCGAUGAUGCUGAGAAUUCUUACCGGCAGCCCGAUAACUAUUCGAAGAAGGCUAAUGGGAGGAAUAUUCCACACAGUACGAAAGAGUCCAAGAUAACUUCAAUGAAAAAGUCCGGUACAGAAAGUAUGGAUGAUUUGGAGGAUUCUACCAGUUUAUGUGAUUGCGAAUGCUUUUGCGAGGACGAAGAGGAGAAGCCAACAGAUGACAAAGCGGAGGAGGAGACGUCCGCCAAGAAGAAGCUUCGUACUCAGCAGAUCGCCAAGGCAACGUCACGGAGCCAGUCCAGUGCGACCCCAAAGUCUAAGCUCAGGCGUAGCUCCAACGCGGAAGAGAUGGCAAAGAAGCCCAUUUCUUCGAGAAGUAGCAAACACAAUCGUCAAAUCAGCGGUAAGAGAUCCAUGAAAAACGCCGACUAUGAUGGUGGCACCAGUAGCGGCUGCCCUUUUGAUUUAAACAGGGCUUCAUACUACAUUUGCCAAUUACAGGAUGAAGAUGAAGAGAAUCAGUAUCUGAUUAUAGUGCCCGAAGCUAAGUAUCGUAGGAUGAGUGUCAACAGGACUUGCCCAGGACAAGAGCUUGCGAAGAGGAAGCCCUGCACCCCGCGGCAGUGCUCUGGCUUCGAUACUUUGUCCUGGGCCAGUCCAAAGCCCGCUCACCAGUCGUAUCCAAGGAAAACGGAGGGUCUCUCCUAUAUGGUGCCACCAGUCGCCGCAGAGACCACCAUGAGCAUUAUCAACCAGCACAUUAAAAUGUCGAUAGUAGGGCAAAACCCAGUAGUAGAACUGAUCCAAAAGAACCAUAAAUACUGCACCAGCAAGAAAAACGUGAAUUCUCCUCCUAAGAUGCAAUGCAAGCCUGAGCCCAAACCGAUGACAGCAAUGGCUUAUAAUCGCACGCCCAUCCUUCGACCGAUCCAUGAGACAAGUUCAAUAUUGGCGGAGAACCGCACCGUACUGCUCUCCAAAAAUCCGGGUUCAAGUUCCAAUCAAGAGUUAAUCGUACUGCAUCCGCCCGUCCUUGGCUUUCGACCCUCCAAGAACUCCCUCUGCCUGGAUGAUGUGCAGAUGCAGCUUAUCAAAGUUCAGCACAGCGAGCCGCAUGUGAGCCCGAGGCCGAUGUGAUCUAAAACAGUGCCAUCCAGAGGUUGAACUCUAUGGCGUAGCCAUCCAGCCAUAGCAUAGCUGAUAUUUCUUCACACAUAGUUCUCUGCCCCAACCAAUGUACCAGAGUAUCAUAGUAAAGAACAGCAACAAACCGAAGCCGCAG